AUGCCGCCAUUCUCUAGUAUUCUGCCAGUUUUAGCUGAAGAAAUUCCGAUGAUCGUCACACCAGAAGAUGGAAUCGGAAAGGCGAAGCACGUCGAUCACGAUAAGGAAAGUCAGAAUACCGAUCGAGAAAGAGCACAAACGAUUCAGAGGACGAAAGGACUAUCAGCAACCGCUGGGCUAGUGAAUUUCAUAUGUGGCAUGAUCGGACCCGGAUGCUUUGCAUUAGCGCUAUCAUUCAAACAAGCGGGUCUUUGGGCGGGAUUCGUGCUAGUCUUCAUUAUCGGCGGCUUGAGUCUCUUCUCAAUGAGCAAAAUUGUCAAAUGCUCACAAUAUUUGGCAAAGCUAAAUGGAGAUCAAAAACUCGACUACGGGCAAAUGGCAGCAGCGGCAAUGCAGAACAGCUACCCAUGGGCGCGAAGGCAUGGAAACCUGGCAAAGAUUUUCGUUAAUAUCUGCUCAGUGUCAUUUCAAUUAGGAGUCAUUUCAGUGUUUCUCGUAUUCUCCGCCGAUCACAUUAUCGAGAUCUACGAAUUCAUUGCAAAGAAGCCCAUUGGAAUAUCAAAGGAACUCAUCAUUCUGAUCUUCUUUGUUCCCCAAAUGGCCCUAAAUCUUAUUAAUCACAUCCGCCUUAUUACAAUUGUCAGUUUGCUUGGAAAUGUUAUCAUUUUCGGCGCCAUCGCCUUAAUCACCAAGGAGCUGUUCACGCAUUCAUGGUAUCCGAUAUCCGAGCUGCCAGCUAUCACAAGUAUCGAAGGCAUCUCAUUGGCCUCUGGAGCUCUUGUAUACUCAUUUGAAGGUCAAGCAAUGGUUCUUCCAUUGGAAAAUUCAUUGCGGCAUCCUCAAGAUAUGAUCGGCUUCACCGGGGUCUUAUCAACAGCGAUGAACCUUGUCACCCUUCUUUACGCAUUCCUCGGCUUCUUCGGUUAUCUCACAUUCGGCGAUGCUGUUCAAGGAAGUAUUACAUUGAACCUGCCGAAUAAUGUUUUGAGCGUCGUCGUCAAAUGCCUUCUCGUUCUGAAAAUGUUCUUGGGUAGCGCGAUUCAACUCUACGCCGUCGUUCACAUGCUACUGCCAACAUUAGAGCAUCGCGUUCCCGAUGAGAAGCCGAUUCUUAAGAGAUCGUUGCCAUACAUUCUACGAGUCAUUCUUAUGAUCAUUCCACUGGGAAUCAGUCUAGCGAUUCCGAACCUCAUGCAAAUCAUUCCACUGGUCGGAAUCACAUCGGGAAUCAUGAUCUCUCUCAUCAUUCCAUCGAUUGUCGACACGCUCGUCUUCUUGCCACUUUACGCGAAACAAGGAAAACGGAGGGAUUAUUGGAUUAAGCUGAUUAUCAACUUGACACUCUUCGUUCUUGGAUGGUUCUUCCUCGGCUGCGGACUUUAUUCGAGCAUUGAUGACAUUGUCCACAUCGGUACCUUGAUAGAUUCGAUGGCUGCCCGCCAAGAAGCUUUUCUGCUGCCGUCGGGAUUCGUGCAGGCGAUUUCGGUGUCGUCGAGUCCCGAUCGGACAAAUUUGAUACCCAAAGAGGUGAACUUCACCGAGGUCAACUUUCGACAAUUUUGA